UCAAGGGCAAAUAUUCUUACAAUAUUUGCCCUUUGAGGAAUAACACAAUCAAAUAGAGGAGCACAAUUAGAUAAAAGUGAAUCACGGUGCUGAGAUCUGCUCGGUUUGCAAGCCACCUACCGGACGCAGAAAAGGUAACGGAAUUUGCCGACCGGACACAGAAGGGUUUCACUGACGCUUUGGGAUACAUCGCUCGACAUGAAGCGCACGACUCCAUGCUGGCUCAGCAGCACGGCGUUGCUACUAGCUGUCCAAACUGCGGUCGCCAUGGUGAUCCCUAACGCCACGCACUUGGAGGCUAUGCUGGAACGGUACAUGGAUAAGGAAGACUCGUGGUGGGAAGGCAGGCCGAGGGGCAAGAGGGCGAUUUCCCACAGCGAUAUGCAGCUCAUCCUCGACCUUCACAACAAGUUGAGGGGCCAAGUAUAUCCCCCAGCCUCCAACAUGGAGUACAUGGUGUGGGAUACAGACCUGGAACGGAGUGCUGAGGACUGGGCUCAGACCUGUCUGUGGCAACAUGGCCCCCCUCACCUGCUCACCCAGAUCGGGCAGAACUUGGGGGCACACUGGGGCAGAGACAGGCCACCAACGUUUCAUGUCCAGGCAUGGUACGACGAGGUUCGAGACUUCAGCUACCCCUAUCCCCAGGAGUGUGACCCAUACUGUCCCUACAGGUGUUCAGGGCCCGUAUGCACUCACUAUACACAGCUAGUCUGGGCCACCAGCAAUAGAAUCGGGUGUGCCAUCAACAUCUGUUACAACAUGAAUGUAUGGGGAAUGAUAUGGACCAAGGCUGUCUAUCUAGUCUGCAAUUACUCUCCACCGGGGAACUGGUAUGGCCAUGCUCCGUAUAAACACGGACGACCCUGUUCUGCCUGUCCAGCCAGCUAUGGGGGUGGCUGCAAAGACAACCUCUGCUACAAAGAGGAUGGCAGUUACAGGUAUUACGCUCCAGAGCCGGAGGAGAACAACUACAUAGAGCCUGAAGCGGAGCCAGCUCGGAGCCAAGACUCCCCCCCUGCAGAGUCAACACCAGCUCCAAGUCACAGCCUGGAGAGGAAUGAAGUCAUUAGCACUGCACAAAUGUCUCAGCAAGUGGAAUGUGAUACAAAGUUACGAGAUCAGUGUAAAGGAACAACCUGCAAUAGAUAUGAAUGCCCACCAGGAUGUUUAAACAACUAUGGAAAGGUAAUUGGAACAGGACAUUAUGAUAUGCAAUCCAGCAUUUGUGGAGCAGGAUUACAUGCCAGGAUUAUAGACAAUGACGGAGGCUGGCUGGACAUCACGAGGGUUGGCAGACGCCCGCGCUUCGCCAAGUCCUACAAAAACGGAGUUCAGACACUGGCGAAAAACCAAAGCGCAAAUGCCUUCACAGUAUCGAACGUGCCAGUAAAAGCAAUCACGUGUGACACCACUGUGGCACAGUACUGUCCUUUCAAAAAGCCUGUCAGACAUUGUCCAAGGAUGUUUUGUCCUCGUAAUUGCCUGUACGACAGUCACUCCCACGUGUUUGGGUCACGUCACUACGCAGACAGGUCUAGUAUCUGUCGGGCAGCAAUUCAUGCUGGUGUGAUUCAGAACGAGCUGGGGGGAUACCUGGACGUGAUGCCUGUGGACAGGAGGAAGCAGCACAGCGGCUCCUCUCAGAAUGGUGUCACCACUGAGGGCCUACAGAAUCCCACUGGAGGUGCAUUCCGAGUGUUCGCCAUCAUCUGAGGCCCCACUUCAAGGACACGCAACCCAGAACAGGACACUUUGAUUCACAACAGCCAGCAAUUGCGGCAUUGGCUGACAUGGAGCUGUGUCAAUGGCCACCAAGAAACCUCCUCAACAGGAAAAAGAAAGACACUGACCCUGCCAGGCCCAGAGGAGUAUUAGUGGGUUUCAAAAUUUAGCUGUCGUAUUUCUGCGAGUCUUCUUGUGUAUAUUUUAUGUAUAACUCCAUGUUGUAAAUGAUUUAGCUAGUUUUGCUGACAACAGUUAUUCAUCUUUUAGGGGGGUGGUCACGGGCAGGGCAGUCUGUACAGGGAAUUCAAACACAUAAAGAUUCUGAUUAUAUUGUCGUCAUGAGUACAAAAAAUAUAUUUUAAUUGUGCAUGCACAAACAAUAUUUUAAAUACCCAAGAGCUUUUGAAAGAGAUCACAUCAUUACAAUGUUUAUGAAGUUUCUAUUUUUGUAUUUUUAUAAGAACAGUGUCUGUGUUGUAAUGCUGCUGACUGUGCUUAAUACAGCGUGCCUUCAGGCUGUCCAUGUAGUUACCUGGCAGGCCAGGAAAGUGGUUAGCGCUCUGAAAGAAUGCAUGCAAUUUCCCAUGAGAGGAGCGUGAGAGCAGGAUGGCAGUGAGACAUUCUUCUGCAUGU